AUGGCCGAGUCAAAGGGAAAGAUGAGCGCUGAAAUGCCUGUGCAAGUCCAAGCACAGAGCCCGGCCUAUGAUAUCGACUACGAGAAGCAUGGCGCUCAGCGCGAGGCAAACCCGCUGCCGGAUCUCAAGCGGAAGCUGAAGAGCAGACAUCUACAGAUGAUUGCAAUUGGCGGCACAAUAGGUACCGGUUUAUUCAUUGGUAGCGGCACCGCCAUUGCUCACGCAGGCCCCGUGGGCGCUCUCAUCGCUUAUAUUUUCGUCGGAACAAUCGUGUACUCGGUCAUGACCGCUCUCGGAGAGAUCGCAACAUAUAUCCCGAUUCCCGGUGCUUUCACCUCGUACGCUGCUCGCCUGAUCGACCCAAGUCUGGGCUUUGCUAUGGGUUGGAUCUAUUGGUUCUCAUGGGCAUCAACAUUUGCGCUAGAACUGACCGCAACCGGUUUGAUCAUUCAGUUCUGGGAUAGUACUAUUCCGAUCUCUAUCUUUAUCGCUGUCUUCUGGGUUGUGAUUAUCAUUUUCAACUUGAUGCCUGUGGCCUUCUAUGGUGAAAUCGAGUUUUGGUUCGCGAGUAUUAAGGUUAUUACCGUGAUUGGCUUCAUGAUCUUCUCGAUCUGUAUGAAUGCCGGCGUUGGAAAGGAAGGGUAUAUCGGUUUCCGGUACUGGGUGGACCCUGGCCCGUUCGUCCCUUACUUGAUUGAAGGGAACGAUUCGUUGGCCAAAUUUGUCGGAUUCUGGUCGACGCUUAUUCAGGCCGGGUUCUCCUACCAGGGAACCGAACUGGUUGGUAUUGCAGCCGGUGAGACCGAGAACCCUCGCAAGACCGUCCCAUCUGCCAUCCGCAAAACCUUUUUCCGCAUCGUCUUCUUCUUCGUCCUGACGAUCUUCUUCCUCGGAAUUGUCGUGCCCUCCAGCGACCCCGGUCUGAUUGGCUAG